AAUGGGAAAUCAAACCCAGAGUCAGAGAAACCCUCUCCCGAUCUAAUUGGAGGACUCAAGAAAACCAGUUUUCCGGCCAAACAAACAAAACGAGUUCGUUCCACUGACACAUUACGCCGUGGAUCAGCGGAGGCCGGAAUCGGGAAGAGGACGGUGAACUGAGAGAGAGAGAGAGGUGGCUUUGCCACAGAUGGGAUGGGGAAUGGCGAUAUACGAAGGGGUGGUGGUGGUAGGCUCACUCUGCGGUUUGGGCUGGGCAGGGCUGUGGUUCUUGAACCGCAGGCUUUACAAAGAGUACGAAGAGAAGAGAGUUCUGGUGCAGAUCAUUUUCAGCGUCGUCUUCGCCUUCUCCUGCAACCUUCUCCAGCUCGUGCUCUAUGAGAUCAUCCCUUUCCUCUCCAAAGAGACGAGAUGGAUUAACUGGAAAGUGGAUCUCUUCUGUUUAAUUCUGUUGCUCGUCUUCUUGUUGCCAUAUUAUCACUGCUACUUGAUGCUCUGCAACAGUGGUGUAAGGAAAGAGCGUGCGGCACUUGGAGCCAUCUUAUUUGUUCUGGCCUUUCUGUAUGCUUUCUGGCGCAUGGGCAUUCACUUCCCCAUGCCUUCGCCUGAUAAAGGAUUUUUUACGAUGCCUCAGCUAGUAAGUAGAAUCGGCGUCAUUGGUGUGACUGUCAUGGCUGUUUUGUCUGGUUUUGGAGCUGUGAAUUUACCAUACAGUUAUUUAUCUCUCUUUAUUAGAGAAAUUGAGGAGUCAGAGAUCAAGGCACUAGAAAGACAAUUGAUGCAUUCUAUUGAGACUUGCAUCGCUAAGAAAAAGAAAAUUAUUCUUGCUCAAAUGGAGAUGGAACGCAUACAAGGAACUGAGAAGCUAAAUGGUAGAUCUUUCUUUAAACGUAUAGUUGGUACAGUUGUACGGUCUGUUCAAGAUGAUAAAACGGAGCAAGAUAUCAAAACCAUGGAAGCAGAAGUACAAGCAUUAGAUGAGCUUUCAAAGCAGCUUUUCCUUGAAAUAUAUGAGCUGCGACUAGCUAAGGAAGCUGCUGCUUUCUCUCGAACUUGGAGGGGACACAUGCAAAAUUGUCUUGGCUAUGCAUGCUCGGUCUACUGUGUGUAUAAAAUGAUUAAGUCUUUGCAAAGUGUUAUAUUCAAAGAGGCUGGAUCUGUAGAUCCUGUUACAAUGACCAUUAGUAUAUCCUUACAGUUCUUUGACAUAGGAAUCAAUGCUGCACUAUUGUCUCAGUACAUUUCUUUGAUGUUCAUCGGAUUGUUGAUAGUGAUUUCAGUUCGGGGGUUCUUGUCAAAUUUGAUGAAGUUUUUCUUUGCAGUGUCCAGAGCUGGGAGUGGGUCCUCAAGCAACGUUGUGCUUUUCCUAUCUGAAAUCAUGGGGAUGUAUUUCCUCUCUUCCAUUCUGCUGAUAAGGAAAAGCUUAGCCACCGAAUACCGGUACGAGUAAUUUGGCCUAUACGAUGUUUUACCCUGUCCUCCCAAGUUGCAAUCUUUCAUUUCCUUACAUCCAAUAAGAAAAACCUCCAAAGUAUAUGCUUCAUAUUGUGUCUUGGGCAGGAUGAUCAUAACCGACGUGCUAGGCGGGGAUAUCCAGUUCGACUUCUAUCACCGGUGGUUUGACGCCAUCUUCGUAGCAAGCGCAUUCCUUUCCCUGCUUCUGCUCUCAGCUCAUUACACCUCUCGCCAGAUCGAUAAGCAUCCCAUCGAUUGAUAAGCAAUACCAUCGACUGACAAAAUGCACCUCCUCCAAAGUUGUACUGUGACAAAAAGCUGCAAAUCUCAAAUACCAUACAUGAACACCAAGGCAGAGGGAUCGGGCUUCUAUUCCCUGACCUGCUGGGGAUGUCUCAGCGGAGAGACAUUGUUGAGUUGCAGAGAAUGUGAAAGCAAGACCCUGUUUUGUGGUGUGGGUGACUGUACUAAUUGCAUAGGUUGACUUGAGGGAAAAUGUGGUGGCUUCAUUGAUGCUAGCUUCUGCGGUGUUUAUAUCUCUACCAAUUCUCUUUGUUAAUUAUUAUUCUGCAAAGUGUAAAGCCAUUUUGGUAGAUGAAUAAAGAGGCCAACUGUACCAGUAUUAAUGGAAGAAGAAGCCAAGGCAUCAACGGACAAAACCCGUACUACCGAAUUGAUUAGUUCUGGUUUAACUUUGAUGGCGAAUAGGGAAAAAGAGAGGCUGCAGCCCAAAACUAUACAGUUAUAGCAUAUAUUAUUUUCAUUAUCAGCUCUACUUUCCGGUUCAUAGUGUAAUGCCCAUAGCAUAAUUUAGGUCGGUUGUCUUUUUCAAGCUCGUUUUUUGCAUGAAAAACCACGAACAUCAAACUAUGUUCGGUAGAGGAAUUUUAUAAUGCGGUAUUUGCAG